CGUCCACCGUUCCACCCCGGAAAUCAAGGAGAAGAAAAAGAUGUGAACACGUGAUGUAACCAGGAAGUGCCUGAAAGACUAGCUAUGAAGUGGUAGAUACGCCAGCGCAUUUAAACAGCCCGGCCUACCGACGUGCCAAUAUCGUGACCAUGUUGGGAAGGUCGACGUUCCCGUAUAGGGCUAUGCAAGUACACUGAAAUUAUGUUGUAACUUGCUUAUUCCUCAAUCGAUUUUCAUGACUGUUUCUGUUUUGUCAAUGCCAAAGCGUAAUGAUCGCAAUUAAAAUUUACAAUUUAUAUUUUGUCAUUAUUGUACGCCAUUAUAUGUAAAAGUGAUGAUUUAUUUUUUAUUAUCUAUACAUUGCCGUUCAUGGGAACGUUGCCCCUGACAAGAUGGCCGCCACGUAGGCACCUCGCUUGGCCCGGCUGCUACAGCGCACGGACGUAUCUAGUCUACAUACAUCUGUGUGACAGGCAACCUAACCUAUGGCGAGACUUGUGGCCGCAUGUCUUGGACACUUGGAUGAAGAGAGGAGCGGAGCUGCCAACUGAUCACCACGUGGUGGUGUGUUGGCUCCGAUGGUGGGAGAAGAUGCCGGUCCGACCUGGCAGGCCCAAACGUAUUGUGAGGAUCUUGUCGCGGACAUGCUCCUCGCAACCUGAGGUGUCACAGUGACCCCCCCACAACUUGAUAAACUGCUUUCUUCAAGACUUUGAGAACUGUUUGUCCUCAUUUGAAACCCCAAGCAACAUGAAAUGUGGUUGAACCAUAAGCAGUUGAUUUGCCAAGACUAAAGUUUAAACAGUUUAAACUUGACCUCUGGGUAAAGAGUACAAAGUUGGGAGUGGGCCACCGCUAGGCGAUCAGAGCAGCUGCUACUAAAAAUACCAGGUACACUUCAAGCCAAGCGUGAACGCUCUGAAAUUGCUAGCGAGUCCCUGAAAAGGCAGUAAGAGAAACAGUCGCAGCCUCCCACAGAACACGUGAAGAACUUCUUUCCCUUUUUCUGCCUGUUUUUGUUUUAUUUUUGUGCAUCUUCAACCAACCAAACCUACCUCCUCACGUCCCGAGACGACUGAGACAGACCACCCCACCGACCAGCUGAUCUACGUUCUAACAAGCAACAAUGCCGCAGCCCAGAAUUAUGCUGGUGGUGACAGGAGAUGAUUUUGGUUACUGUCCCAAGAGGAAUCAGGGGAUUGUCGACUGCUUCAAAGCUGGAGGCAUUUCCUCUGUGUCACUGCUGGUGAAUGCGUCCGCUGCCAAAGAUGCAGCAGAUUUGGCGAAAAGACACAAGAUCCCAAUUGGGCUCCAUGCCAACCUGUCAGAAGGCAUCCCUGUGUGUCAGAGCCUCCGACAAGCGUCUACACUCGUCAAUGAGCAUGGCUUCUUCCAUGGAAAGAUCGGCUUUCGUCAGGCACUGGAACGACAUCAGCUAAGCAUGAAACAGUCUUAUUUUUUUCUCUAUGUUGAGGUGGAGCUAGAGCUGAGAGACCAGAUCCGGCUUUUCAGAGAACUGACAGGUUACCUGCCUCAUCAUAUGGAUGGACAUCAACAUGUCCAUAUACUGCAAGAGGUACGUGAGGUGUUUGCACAGGUCCUGUCAGAUCACAAAAUUCCAUUCACCCGUGUUCCAGUGGAGCCAGGUUUACACAGCUGCCAGUGGCUGCCAACACAUCUCCAAAGAUUCUAUGCACAGGUGGAGAAAGACGCUCUCGAGUCCAUUCCUGUCUUCAGGCAUUAUGGAAUAAGGUCCCGAGAGACUGUAAUUCCCAGGAACUUGAAGGUCUCGACGGUUGACACAAGGCAGUUGGACAGCGUGAGGGGCAGCUGUGGCAAAGGAUUCCUCCUGAAGUCCACAAGCAUCUCUACAGUCUUGAGCGUGUUGAGCUCCAGGUUGUGUCGGCCGCACCGCAGCUCCAGCCGCUCCGCUUCCUGUCGAUACGCAGACUCGUCACCGUCUUUGAUGAGGCCGAUGACUGUGGUGUCAUCUGCAAACUUUCAGGAGUUUGACAGCCGGGAAGCUGUAAAUCCACUGGCAGAUGGCAGGCGAGACGCUUUUCUGGAGAAGCUUGGAGGAGAGGAGUUCAGGGAUGAUGGUGUUGAAUGCAGAGCUGUAGUCCACGAACAGGAUCCUCGUGUGGCCAGAAGUGUACCUAGGACUGACGACAGUAGGCCAGAACAUGUCUGUCUCCAACCUGCAGAGGGCCCUAAGCCAUGCCUUGAGUAGGUCCUCCUGUGGCAUUUCCAGUUCUGAAGAGCGUGUGAUCACAGCAGAACUCAUGGUCCACCCAGGUUACCCCAGUCACCCACAAAAAGGUGGCUGUG